AUGAUUAAUAAUUCAGACUUUUUACUCUCCUCUUUCUCUCUUUUCUUCUCUCCUUUCUUCUCUCUUUUCUUCUCUCUUUACUUUUUCUCUGUGUUUAUCUGCUCUUUUUCUUUCUCUCUCUCUAUCUCUCUCUCGCUCCCUGCACAUGGCCGGUGGACCAUUUAUAAGUCACCCUAUUUUGUGAUUUUGUUAGAUCGCUGCAUGGGUGCAAUUCAGCAUGGUAUAGAUCCUGAGCAGCUAGCGGCACAGUUAGAGGGGAUCCGAGAUCCAGCCUGCACCUCCCCUGGGGAUUCACCCUCAGGGUCUUCACAGCAGGAGUACUUCCUCACCCCAAGCAUGUCUACCUCUGCUUGUAGCACACCGCACUCUGACCUUACCACCUCCACUUCAUCUGAACGACAAAGACACGCAAUUGACAAGACCGUGAUACCCGAAGACAGCAGUAUGGGAGAUCUACAGUUGCAGCUAAGUUUUGAUGAAUUUGACAACACCCUAAAUGUCUUUGUGAUCCAAGCCAGAAACCUUCUCCGUCGUGACUUCUCCGGACUUUCUGACCCUUUUGUGAAGGUUUAUCUUUUACCCGGAAGAAGUCCUGAUCACAAGCGUCGUACCCGAUAUGUUAGUUGUACCCUAAACCCUGAAUGGCAUCAGAAUUUAGUCUUCCAGAACCUCAGCCGGGAUGAUCUUAAGAAUAAAAUUUUGGAAAUCACAGUGUGGGAUUAUGAUCGAUUUAAGCCAAAUGAUUUCUUAGGUCAAGUUGUUAUUGACCUUAAUGAUGAAUGUUUCUUAGAUGGAACCCCACAUUGGUACCCUCUUUGCCAACAAGAUGAUAAUCAUAGCAGUACAGAUUUGCCCAAGCCAACAGUUGGGCCACACAGUCUACGUCCAUUGUCAACAACUGAUAUUCAACAUGCUCACAAAGUUGGAGAUUUCUCCUCACUUCCUCGCAAACAAGUUGGACGCUCUCAUCAUCCCCACCAGCAUUUUGACAGAGAGAGUGGACCAGAGCCAGAAUUAAGACGUCGAAAAUCAUUGGGAACUUUACCAGAAGAUCGUCUCCAACCUGAAAAAACAGUUGAUAUUUCAUCUACAAGAUCCUCCCCUAUUCCACAGUGCAUCCAAAGAGAGAGUCAUUCACCAUUGAUUAAUCAAAACAGAAGCCCGCAGUGCAACGUCUCCACCAGUUCACUGCAUCACCAUCUUAACUAUGAAGAUUUUGAUCUGCAAUUACAGUGUCAGCUUCAAGCAGUUAAGCUGAAAGAUUUACAAAUACUGUCACAUGAUUCUUGUAACUGA